AUGUGUCGCAUACCAAAUUCACAUCAAAAUUUUGUCUUUAUCAGGAUAAAUAUAACAAUUUCGGUAGAAGAAAGCCUUAUUUAUGUACAAGCUAUCUGGCGACACGGUGAUCGUGCACCACAUCAAUUACCAUAUCCAAAUGAUCUGAAUGAUGAAAGCUCUUGGCCAAGAGGAUGGUCUCAGCUAACAAACGUUUGA